AUGGCACCAGAAUUGGCCUCCGUGCCCAUUUCAACUCCAAGAUCACGGCCUCGAGCUGCAACGGCGAUGCAACCAACCACUACACCGCCAGCCAUCUCUUCUCGACGUCCGUCGCAAGUAAUGAGCCCGCCCGCUCUCCCACUUGCGCCGGUUGCAUAUACAGGGAGUUCUGGACCUGGAGGCAAUGAUCAGGGCAGUGUGAGAUCGGCCUCCGGUCCACUGAGACACCCAAAGCCUCUUACGCCGUCAGACAUCCACUCAAUGCUUGAACAAGAACAAGAGGCAAUGGUUAACCGUCUGUCGAGAGAGCUGUCUCUCCUCCGACAACAAACAGCUUCUGUAGCAUCGACAACUUCCUCUACAUCUACCACCUUCAACGACCAGUCAGAUGCCCCGCAGGCCUCCUCUUACUUGUCUUCAACGCAUCCCACAGCAUCGCGGCGUCACCGUUCCUCGUCCAGCCUGAGCUCCUCAUACAUCCCGGCCGUCCAAGGCUCAAGAACAGGAAGCGGUGCUGGGAUCAUUCCAUCGCGAGAUGUUCCUUUAUCGUCGUCCCGUCCGGGUCGGAGUCGAGAGUCGUCCUUCACCUCUCCGCGACAGUCAGAAGGAACGCUACCACUAUCUCCUGCAUCCGCACAGCAGUCACAAAGUGAUCCAUUCUCGAAUUAUGUCUCCGGGUCGCAUCCGUACCCCCAUCGUAAUUCGCUCUCUCAACAACGGUCACGUACUACUUCUAUAUCCCGCCCGGAUGAGAUAGCACGACAACGUGCGGAAUUGGAGAUACUCAAACGGGAAAACGAAGGGCUCCGGCGCCGUGUUCGAGAUCUUGAACUCGUUCUUCGAAAACAUCGCGAACGGGAGCUGAGUGUGACAGAUUAA